AUACUUCGUCCACUACUACUACUAAAUAAACUCCAAUUCCUUCUCAUUUUCGGAUUCUUUAUAUUCCUUCUACUCUUAUAUAUAUUAUCUCUUCAAAUCUAUCCAUUAAUUCCUUUCCAAAUAUUCUUAACACCAUCUCUACACAAUAUUAUUAGACUUAUAAAUAACAACAUAUCCAUUAUUCUUCUUCCUAUUACUUCAUUCUAGUUCUUUUUUCUAAUAUACCCUUCUUCAUGGCUAAUGAAUGUGAGGCUGUUAGAUAUGAAGAGGAAUACAUACUUAAUUCAAGAGGGAUGCAAUUAUUUACAUGUAAUUGGGUCCCAACAGAUUGUGAACCAAAAGGUUUGAUUUUUCUCUGCCAUGGUUAUGCAAUGGAGUGCAGUAUCUCAAUGAAAGAUGCUGGAAUUAGACUGGCAAAAGCAGGAUUUGCAGUUUAUGGUAUGGAUUAUGAAGGCCAUGGAAAAUCAGAAGGACUUCAAGGAUAUGUUCCUAGUUUUGAUGCUGUUGUUGCUGAUUGUUCUGAUCAUUAUUCCAAAAUUUCUGAAAAGAAGGAGAAUAAGAAAAAGAUGAGAAUAUUGAUGGGAGAAUCCAUGGGAGGAGCUGUUGCUCUUCUUUUACACAGAAAGAAACCUGAGUUUUGGGAUGGUGCUGUUUUAAUUGCUCCUAUGUGUAAGAUUGCGGAUGAUAUGAGGCCACAUCCAAUGGUGAUCAGUGUAUUGACCAAACUUUGCAACUUUAUCCCAACUUGGAAAAUAAUUCCUACUCAAGAUAUUGUUGAUUUAGCGUUCAGAGACCCUGAAGUUAGAAAAGAGAUUAGAAACAAUCCAUUAUGCUACAAGGGAAAGCCCCGGCUACAAACAGCGUUCCAACUACUGACAGUCAGCAUGGAAUUGGAACAAAGACUUGAAGAAGUCACAUUGCCAUUUCUCAUUGUUCAUGGUGAAGAGGACACUGUUACUGAUCCAUCUGUGAGCAAACUUCUAUACGAAAAGGCGUCGAGCAUCGACAAGAGCUUCAAAUUGUACCCCGGGAUGUGGCAUUCGCUUUCCUAUGGCGAAUUCCCGGAGAAUAGAGACAUUGUGUUCACGGACAUUGUCGCGUGGCUCGAAGAGAAAAUAAAUAUGGGUAAUUCCAGGCUCGAGAGGCAACAAAAGCAGGCUAAUGAUCAGAGCAUACCAAAGAUAAAGAGUUAGCUGAAAGGACUAUGGGGAUGUGGUAGCAUUUUGUUUUCCUGUAAAACAAGAAAAAAAAUGAAUACAGAAGAAGAAAAGCAUACAUAAUUCGUUUCUUCACUAAUUCUUUAUGAAGAGUGCUAAGUUACAAAUUUCACGAGA